AUGACAUUCACUCAUUUUAUGCAUUCUGCUGGCCGUCCCACCUCAGUUCCUGUAGCAAAGACACUCAAGUCUGAGCCACUAAUUAUCACCAGUGAGGUUUCCUUCCCAAACAGGAAGUGUCAGGCCAGAAGUGCUCUCUCUCAGUGCACUCACUAACCAAGCAUCAGUCACCACUCCCGGCCCAGUCCCUGUGGCCAGUAGCUGGCAUGCAGGCUGAAGGGGAGGCAGCCCGGCUGGCCAAGCCCCUGGCGGGUCCCUCACCUUCUGAGAAACCAAUGUCAGGCUGUGCGCAGGUUGGAGACCCAAGCGAGGAGGGGUGGCCCAGCUCGCAGUGGGGUUGUCAAGGGAUUGGAGAGCUUCAGACCCUCACUGGGCAGAUGUCGCACCAGCCCGUUGUCGCCACCAAAACGUCAGGAGACAUGGACAAGCCACUGAUCAGCCGCCACCUGGUGGACAGUAACAGCAGCCUUGCUGAAGCCCCCAGUGAGGUCCCCAAAGUGGGCAUCCUGGGCAGCGGGGACUUUGCCCGCUCCCUGGCUACACGCCUGCUGGGCUCUGGCUUCAGCGUGGUGGUGGGCAGCCGUAACCCCAAACGCACAGCCUGGCUGUUCCCCUCAGCGGCCCACGUGACUUUCCAGGUGGAGGCAGUGAGCUCCCCAGAGGUCAUCUUUGUGGCUGUGUUCCGGGAGCACUAUUCCUCACUGUGUGGACUCAGUGACCAGCUAGCCGGCAAGAUCCUGGUGGAUGUGAGCAACCCCACAGAGCAGGAGCACCUCGGGCAUCGGGAGUCCAAUGCUGAGUACCUGGCCUCCCUCUUCCCCACCUGCAUGGUGGUCAAGGCCUUCAACGUCAUCUCUGCCUGGACCCUGCUGUCUGGCCCGAGGGAUGGGAACAGGCAGGUGCCCAUCUGCAGUGACCAGCCGGAAGCCAAGCGUGCUGUCUCGGAGAUGGUGCAUGCCAUGGGUUUCACUCCCGUGGACAUGGGAACCCUGGCAUCGGCCCGGGAGGUGGAGGCCAUGCCCCUGCGCCUCCUCCCGGGCUGGAAGGUGCCCACCCUUCUGGCCCUGGGACUCUUCAUCUGUUUCUAUGCCUAUAACUUCAUCCGGGACGUGCUGCAGCCCUACAUGCAGGAGGGCAAGAAUAAGUUCUACAAGCUGCCUGUGUCUGUGGUCAACACCACACUGCCGUGUGUGGCCUAUGUGCUGCUGUCACUGGUGUACCUGCCUGGCGUGCUGGCGGCUGCCCUGCAGCUGCGGCGAGGCACCAAGUACCACCGCUUUCCCGACUGGCUGGACCACUGGCUGCAGCACCGCAAGCAGAUCGGGCUGCUCAGCUUCUUCUGCGCCGCGCUGCACGCACUGUACAGCUUCUGCCUGCCACUCCGCCGCUCUCACCGCUACGAACUGGUCAACUUGGCCACCGAGCAGGUCUUGGCCAACAAGAGCCACCUCUGGGACGAGGAGGAAGUCUGGCGGAUGGAGAUAUACCUCUCCCUGGGAGUGCUGGCCCUCGGCACACUGUCCCUGCUGGCUGUCACCUCACUGCCAUCCAUUGCAAACUCACUCAACUGGAGGGAGUUCAGCUUCGUUCAGUCCACGUUGGGCUUCGUGGCCCUGGUGCUGAGCACGCUGCACACGCUUACCUAUGGCUGGACCCGCGCCUUCAAGGAGAGACACUACAAGUUCUACCUGCCCCCCACCUUCACGCUCACACUGCUAGUGCCCUGUGUCGUCAUCCUGGCCAAAGGUCUGUUCCUCCUGCCCUGCUUCAGCCGCAGACUCACCAAGAUCCGGAGGGGCUGGGAGAAGGAUGGCGCUGUCAAGUUCACGCUGCCAGCAGACCACACCUUGGUCGAGAAAACGAGCCUCGUGUGAGGUGUCUGCACGUGGCUCUGGUGUAGUGCAGUCUGAUUGUAUACAAAUGGGUGGUAUGAGGUCCAAAUUACCUGGGACACAAUUUACACAGUAAUAUUUAGAAUGACACACACAAGUGUGUGUGAUAUGUAAGUACACAUAUUUCAUAUAUAUAACAGGAUUUGCAAUUAUACUUACUUAGCCAAACAGUUGGGUCCCUAAAAUUUCAACUUGUAUAUUUAAAAGCAAGUGCCAUAUGUUAGGAGAAUAGCAGAUCACGCUAUUGUGACAUUUGCAGAGAUAGACACACACCAUCUUUCUGCACAGAAGAGGCUUGUACCUUGGUGGAUGUGAUCCAUUUAUGCCACCCCCACCCCACUCCCCUUUUGCUACUUUCCCCAGGCUCUUGCAGAACUGAGGUUGUAUGGUGGCAGACAGCUGACCCAGGUGCAUGGGGCUGAAGAGAUGCCAGUGAGCAGGGGAUGUACUUCCUGCCUCAUCCACCUUGGGUUGGGGUGUGAGCCUGGAGUCUGAGCCCUGGGAGCCAAUUGAAGGUCUGUCCUUUGCUGGAUAGGGGUGGGAGAGGUGGAUUGGGGCUGAAGCUGCUCCACCAAUCCUCCCUGAGCUGGGAGAUUUUUUUCUCUGAAAGUCAGAAGUCACCAUGGAGCCUGCAAAUUGAUCUUCCUGUGAAAGUGUGAAGUCACCUUCUUGCCAGAGCCACUAAUGAACCCCAUCACAAGAACAAGUGCAAUUUCUUUCCCUCCUUUAAGUUGGUGAUGACCAUUCUCUAAACCACUGUGCCUUCUCACCUUUUAAAUCGUUAGUUUUGAACAUCUCCCAGGAAGGCCUAGAGCAGACCCUUUAGGAAUCACUGUAAUGGGGAGGGAAAAACACACGAGUUCACUCAGCUUCAGAGCUGAGCUCUUUCUUUGACCCUGCCUGGGGGCUGAAAGGUCUUCAUUAAGUUGGUCCUAUGGAUAGACACUGGAGACCCCUUCCAAUGUCCCCUGCUGCUGCUGCUGGGCAGAGAACCUGCCUCCCGAGCACCCAGAAAGCCACACUGGGUCCAAGUUCCUCCUCGUGGAGUGUUACAUUUCCAAACAGCUGGGAGGGUCUUUUCUGCCAAAGAUACAACCCUAAAACGCUUCUGCCCCAAAGCACAAGAGGCUAGACACAGCCAGGGACGGCCACAGGACAUCUGUCUUGCAAUCAUUUAUCAUCCCUUGCUGAUUCAUACUAAAACUGGUUUACUUCC